AUACCAUCUCUGAGCAUCGCAGCGGGCAGGACAGUCUGAGUCUCUGCACUUUAAGAGGCCAAGCUGUCUUGGCUGAAGAGAGGCGGCUCUGAUUCUAAGAGGAAGAGCAAGAAACAGAAGGACAAAGGAGGACUUUCCCAGCCGCAGGAGUCAGCUGCUGAAUCUGAACUGCAGGGUUCACGUGUGACGCUCUUGACUGAUGAGGAGAAAUCACCAGAAGAAGAAAUGAGUUUCGGUGCAGCGUGCAUUUUCUUGCGAGGAGGGAAAAACAUUUCCAGAGAGUUGGCUGACGAUGAGAUUGAUGAGCUGCGGGACGCUUUCAAUGAGUUUGACAAAGACAAGGAUGGGCUGAUCACCUGCAAGGAUCUGGGGAAUCUGAUGAGGACCAUGGGUUACAUGCCCACGGAGAUGGAGCUGAUCGAACUGAGCCAGAACAUCAACAUGAACCUUGGUGGCAGAGUUGACUUUGAGGACUUUGUGGAACUGAUGGCCCCAAAGCUCCUGGCGGAAACAGCUGGGAUGAUUGGCGUGAAGGAGCUCAAAGAUGCCUUCAAAGAGUUUGACAUGGAUGGAGAUGGGGAAAUCACAACGGAAGAGCUGCGAGCAGCCAUGAACAAGCUGAUGGGAGAGCACAUGAGCCGCAGAGAGAUCGACGCCAUUGUGAAAGAAGCCGAUGACAAUGGAGACGGAACUGUAGACUUUGAAGAAUUUGUCCGAAUGAUGUCUCGUCAGUGAUGGACGCGGAAACAGCACCUUUCAAGAAUGCUUAUUUGCACCUUUAAAAUCAUAUCAAAUGCUCCUUUUAGUACCUUUGACUCAAUAACUUAUUUAAAAGAAAAGCAAACUAGUAAAAGUCAAGUAAUAUAAUCAACUUUGAAAGUUCCUAAAGAUUGUAAAGGUAAUAAAAGAUUCGAUUAUUUUGUGAAGAUAAGAGGCUAAUAAUGUAUCAACACACAAACUAAAUGGUUUUGUUUGUACUGUACAUAGAGAGAGCUUUUUAAACUGGUUUAUUGGAAUUAUGUUUUUCUGAAAUAAACAUUUACUGAUGAAA